ACGGCGGAUGCAAUAAGAUCAACAAAUAAUUAGAACGGAUAAACCCCACCGGAUACACACAACCGGAUACACACACCAAUCAAGUGCAUAUUCCAUUCAGUUCAUUCAUCCAUCCAUCAUGUGUGUGCAUCCGAGGUGCUUAACGGGGAGAACACCAGUUCGAAUAUGCGCGGCCGCAACCUAUAGUUACCACAGGAGAACUGCAGACUGAUGAAAUGGGAGUUCUCGAGCUGUGUUGCCGCAAAUUGUCUGUCCUAGCCCAUAGUUCUGCGGGAACACAAGGCGUUGUUGCGACUGCUAGGAAUGUAGCUGCCUAAGAGCUACAGUAGACAUGCAGACAAGCCACCUCGACCUAUAACAACAGAAUGGACACACCACCACAGAUACGCUCAAUCAAACAUAUCACGACCAACACACGCCUUCAAGCAUUGGCUCAACAUGGCUGAAUAUGCAGUCGACGAUGAAAUCGCAGCCUUUUUUGCCAAGACGACUGUAACGAUAGAAGAAUGUGAAGCAAAGGGUCGAGAGCUCGCGCAAAGCCAGAAGCUUGAUCCCGUGCCCAUCCAAGGCGUGUGCAGCUACACCAUGUACGCCGGUGAAAAUUUGGAAUACGUUAUCCAGUGUCGUCUAAAGUCGCUGGCACUCAACACGGAAAUGUCGGACCUGGCCACCAAAAUCCACGGCUCGUUGGUACCGACAGUAUCUCUACAUGGCGAAUUGGGCACUGAGCAGGACGGACGUGAACCUCUGCUGGUGUACCUAAUGACACGCAUGCCUGGCAUCACACAGCUUAACUUUGUCCUCGCUCGAGACAAUCCUCAAACUUCUCAAGAAUUUUAUCUUCCGCGUCAAAAUUUCUUCUCAAGUGUUGCAGGUUUCUUUGCACAAUCAUGGCGCAGUUCACAGCAAGUUUCUGUAGAAUACCGCGAUGAGCUAGAAAGAAGCUAUAGAACAGAUUUGACACUUCUUCUAGAUGGUCUUCCAGGCAGAUUCUGGCGUUGUAUCCAGAAUUGUCUGGCCUCACUUACCGACAUCAUGGCAUUGCCCAUGGUUCUCCUCCACAAGGAUUUUGGUGCCUGCAACUUGCUUGUAGACCCCGAAUCAUGCUACUUGAAAGGCGUAAUCGACUGGGCUGAGGCUGUCAUCAGCCCAUUUGGUCUGAAUUUACACUCUCUUCAGGCAUUUGCGGGAUCAAUGCACCUCCGCAAUGGCUGGUCUAGGUUUCCUGACUACGAUGCUUUGGAGCACACGUUUUGGUCGACCUUUGCUACAGAAGUCGGUGGACUACCUUUGGAAACAUUGGUUACCAUCAAAAGAGCUCGAAUUCUCGGUCAUCUUUUGUCACAUGGCUUCACAAGCCGUCUUGCAAACGAGGCGGAGCCUGUACCACUAAGGGAUGAUGAGAACGGCCGAUAUAAUAUGAUGUAUCUCGAUGGAUAUCUGAUCAAUCCAGCCACGAAGAUGGAUGGAGUGGAUUAG